CGCCACACUGAGCUCUGGAAGCUAGCUGUGACGGACAAAAGCCACACACACACACACUUGGCAUGGAUAGCAAAGUCCUAGUGCUGGUGGCCCUGCUGACGGUCGCCAUGUGGAGCCCAGAGGCUGAUGCUAAACCCAUCAGUCUGGUGGAGAGAUGUUGGUGCCGGUCCACUCACAACACCGUCCCGCAGAGGAGCAUCCGUGAGAUUAAGUUCCUCCACACACCCAGCUGCCCUUUCCAAGUCAUUGCCAAGCUGAAGAACAACAGAGAGGUCUGCAUCAACCCCAAGACCAAAUGGCUGCAGCAGUAUCUAAAGAAUGCCAUUAGCAAAAUAAAGAAGAAGCGCUCAAAGUAAACAACUGAGGAUGUGCGAGGAGGACCACCGUACAUCUCUGGCCUUCAAAGAGUCAUCCAUCCUCUUCUCUCGCUCUCUUUGAUCACUCCUCCUCUUUUUGGACUGCUUGCACAAACAGCACUUCACCUAAACCUGCCUCUCAAGCAUCCAGACAGCAUGCAGCUCACCAAAACACAAGCCAACACCUUCUUCCUGACGCACUGCUACUGCGGCUGUGAUUACUGACUGAAUGAAGCGACUGAAUGUGACCGUGAACGUUUGAAUGUGAAGGCAAGAGAGAUAUCUACAGGUUUUCCGCAACUUAAAGGGUAGUAAAAAUGAGAGUUUGUGUCAUAGUUGUGAGGGAUGUCUAAACUUUAGGAUAGUUUGGGAUUAAUAAGGGACAUAAGCAAGUGAAAAUGAAGCAGAAAUUUAAACCUGCCUCGUUCUAGCUUUCACUUUUUGCUAUUUUGCUGCUCAUAGCUUAGUAGAAGUGUUUAAAAGCUCACCAGCACACAUGAAUGACCCAGCAUGCUAACACUAGCUCUGUUCCAAAACUUAGUGAGCCGCCUACUGAACAAAAAAUUGGCGUAGAAACAAUUUUCACUCAGAAAUUCCUAAUAAAUACUACAAUAAAUUACAAAGAAAUGGCAGUUGAACAUGAAAUUUUGAAGUAGAAAACCUGAAAUAGUAUUCUCUUGUAAAACGUGCUCCAAAAACCUUUUUACGGUGCAAAAAAAACAGCAAAAUAAACUGUCUUUUAAAAUUUAAGUAGCCUAUGCGUGAAUUGUAUUUCACAAAUAAAAUUAAUUGCGACAAGUUUCAUUAGAAAC